ACUUAAAUAAUAGUUUUAAGAGUUGCGAUCGGAAAGGGAACUAUCUUUUGAGGAAAAGCGCCAAAAAGGUCGAGCCGGUUUCCCAGGAAUUGUAAGGGCUCCUCCAUGGUCAGCCAGAAUGGCCUACGAGCGGCGCCUCCGAUCGCAGAACCUCGUGCACCUGCUGCAGAACCGAGAAUCCGGCUACACCUGCGCGGGCAGCCAGCUGGGCAGGAUGCCCCGCUUGGCUUUCGAGCGUCCCUUCUACAAGUGUAUCACGCCCUGUCUGACCAUUGACUCGGUGGCGAUUCCGCCGGUUUACCUGCGCAAGUUCACGCCGGACGGAAGCAAACUUCUGGCCUUCUCGCAGGAUCAGCGCAGCCUGCACAUCUACCGCUACAGGGGAUUCAGCUGCGCCGCCGUGGGCGAAUUGAUCCGCCAGGCGGACGUGGGCAGUGGCGAGUGCUUCAGCAGCCCGGACAACAUCCUGAAAAGCACGAUCUUCGAGCGCCUCUUCGACACAAAGAAGGCGCUCAGUCUGCGGCUGUGCCAGGGCGACUAUAGCCUCUACUAUCUGCACCGGGAGUUCAGCGUGUUCCUGGAGGAGGGCCGGUAUGUCCUGCUGGCGGCCAUGGCAGUGCUGCGCGGUGCCCUGCCCACCGAUGACUAUAUCCGGUACCCGGAUCUUUUCGAUAAACUGGACGCCUUUUCGUAUGUGUUCUUUGUGGUGGACCUGAAACUAGGCGUGGUGAGCGAUCGUCUCUUCCUGCCGCACGACUCCAUCGUGAUUGCCCACAAUCACGGCAUUUCGGUCUUUGGCUCCACGGUGGCGAUCAUGUCGCGUCUGCAUCAGUGCAUCUACGUCUACUGGGUGGCGGACGGCAAGUUCCACGAGCAGGAGACCAUUGGUCCCCUGCCUCGGAACUUCAUAGAAAAGGCUCCAUCAGAUUUUGACACUCUAGACGCGACAUUGGUUCGGCCCAUUACGCACAUAAAACAGCGAGUUCUAAGCUUCCUGUAUCGCCAAAUUGAUCCCAACUGCUCUAAAGCGCAGGAGAAACGCCAGGAGUUUUAUAAAAACUUCGAGUUUGUAGAGCACAUGAUUAUGGAAAGAAUGCAACUGGUGAACAAGGAACUUCUUCUGUUGCGCUACGAAGAAAGGCCAAAAGACAGUGAAACGAUUGCCAUGGCCCCAACACCCCGCCGCUUAUAUGUUUUCUACACGGUAUCUGGUGAGGAAGUGGUGGGCGUGUAUCCUGACUAUUCGGUCGACCUGCUCCAAAUCAUUCUGCAAUUCUACGAUGAGAUGAGCAAUGUGCGAUCGCUGCAAACUGGAGAUGCGCCCUCAUUGCCGCUGCACUUCUUUCUAAAGCAAAACUUCGUAGAUGCCAACGAGUCGAUUCCCUUCGUCCGACAAGCGGCGUUGCGCUUCAACCCCAGCGUGCCCGUCAGUUCCCAGAGCCUUUCGCCAUCGCCCUAUCUAAGGUUCAACGAAUUCAGCUUUGACGAUCGCCACGUAUCGCCGCUGGAGCGACCCAAUCCCUGCUCCGCCGAGCCCAUUGUCUUCCGAGAUCGGACCACGCAGUCGGUGAAGUUUAGACUGCACGCCGCGGCACGCAAGUUUAUCAAUCCUUUGGCACCGCGGGAGCUGUGCGCCUUCAUUUGGCAUCCGUUCGAGCCCCUGGUGCUCAGCAUUCAAAAAUGUUUGAACAGUUACGUCUAUCACGUACAUCUAUACAAUCACAGCACAGUAGUGGAUCAUUCAAGUGCCUGAUAAGUAUGUAUAUUUAUAUAUAUCAUACAUAUAAGCUUGUUUUAUAUUUAUAAUAUAUGUGUUAUAAUUACAUACAUUCGAUAUAAACAAUCCAACCUGAAAUGCAAUCAUAAUUAAUAGCUAAAUAUUAUUAUUUGGACAUACCAAAUAACGAUUCCUUUCAAAAGAAGAUACUUAACUGUACAUACUUUUAAGCUGUAGUAAACAUUAUUUUGAGACUUAAGACUCGUACAAAUAUUUAAUUUUCAUGAAUUUCAGAGUCUUUAACUAUUUUAGGUGAUGUGAAUAAACAGUCCUUUAUUUUUUGUGAAAGAAAAAA